AUGAAGGCUGGUGAGACUUCCUUCGAGUCAGGGUUUGUGCCGCACAGCCGGGCAGCCACAUCUAUCCACUACGACCUCCAGCUACGCGGAGGAUCAAUAGCUCGUGUCGCCGCCGCCGUCUUGAACGGCAGUCCAUCCAGUAGUAGCAUUCGUGGCGUUUCCAGCGCACCUGCUACUAUGUUGCUGCGUACGCGGCCAGUUGAGGCUAUUGCCUUCCGCGAGAGCAAGACGCCCAUGUUCUGUGGAGUCAAGGAAUGA